AUGUCCAACCACAUCAAAGAUGCCGCAAUCGCCGAGGCCAAAAGUGUUCGGGCAGCCUCCGAAGGCGUCCUCAAAUCCGGCGCAUAUCUGUAUCCGUUCAAGGGUAUAAUCUUCUUUGCAACUCACAAAGAUCUCUGGGGCCCAUUUACCGCACGGGCUGGACGAACCAUCAGUCUGGGCUUGGGUGUAACAUCGUUCAUGUUCUUUUUCACCUACGUUCCCCAGAUGGCCAUUAUGGCUUUCACUAGUGGUCCGAUUGCUGCUAUAUCCGCAGCAGUUCUUGUUCUCAGUGAAAGUGCGACUCUGACAAAUAUUUUCUCUCGAUCUUUCUUGUGUGAAGAUGCUCUGAUUGAUACGUUUGAUGGUACCCUUAUUGCCCGUCAGCAGGAGUCUCUCGUUGCGCAGGGACGUCAGGUUAAACCUCAAUCUGCAGGAAGAGAUGCAGUUGCAAGACUGGGGAAGCUUUUCUCGAAACCCUUUUCGAAAUUUAAGCCCCAGGUUCUGUUGCGCUCUUUGCUUUACUUACCCCUGAAUAUGAUUCCCGUUGUCGGAACCGUGCUGUACAUAGCCGUCCAGGGUAAGAGGGUUGGCCCGGGGCUACAUGCACGGUAUUUCCAGCUUAAAGGGUGGGACUCAGUGCAACGGGAAGAGUGGGUGGCCAAGAAUCGAGGCGCAUAUACUGGACUUGGCAUUGCUGCUUUUGCUCUGGAGAUGAUACCCUUUGCUUCCAUCAUUUUCUCAUUCACCAAUACCGUUGGUGCUUCCUUGUGGGCCGCAGAUCUCGAGAAGGCAUUAGAAUAG